GUCGGGUCCGCGUUCGCCCCGCCCCGAAGGAGGAGCGAAGUGUGCCAUUCUGCCUUUGCCGCCGGCUGGGUGGGCUUCGCUCUGGUACCGCGCUCCUUCAUACAUGCAGGGCAGUACAAGAAGAAUGGGCAUCAUGACUGAUGUCCACCGGCGAUUCCUCCAGUUGUUGAUGACUCAUGGAGUGCUGGAGGAAUGGGACGUUAGGCGCUUGCAGAAGCACUGCUAUAAAGUCCAUGACCGCAAUGCUACUGUAGAAAAGUUGGAGGACUUCAUCAACAACAUAAACAGUGUCUUAGAGUCCUUGUAUAUUGAGAUAAAGAAAGGAGUCACAGAGGAUGAUGGGAGGCCCAUUUAUGCGCUGGUGAAUCUUGCAACAACUUCCAUUUCCAAAAUGGCCUCAGAUUUUGCAGAGAAUGAACUGGAUCUGUUUAGAAAGGCUUUGGAACUGAUUAUUGACUCAGAAAGUGGCUUUGCAUCUUCCACAAAUAUUUUGAACCUGGUUGAUCAACUUAAAGGCAAGAAGAUGAGGAAGAAAGAAGCUGAGCAAGUGCUGCAGAAGUUUGUACAAAACAAAUGGCUGAUUGAGAAGGAAGGGGAGUUCACCCUGCACAGCCGGGCCAUCCUGGAGAUGGAGCAGUACAUCCGGGAGACGUACCCUGAUGCCGUGAAGGUGUGCGACAUCUGCCACAGCCUCCUAAUCCAGGGUCAAAGCUGCGAGACCUGUGGGAUCAGGAUGCAUUUACCUUGCGUAGCCAAGUACUUCCAGUCAAAUUCGGAGCCACGCUGUCCCCACUGCAAUGACUACUGGCCCCAUGAGAUACCAGAGGUCUUCGACCCUGAGAAGGAGAUGGAGCCUGGUAUCUCCAGUGCGAACAAGAAGUCCUCGCGGUCCAGGCAGCACUAGCUGGCGCACUGCUGCGGGGCUUGCCGCCUCCAGGGGGACGGGCGACGCAGCCCUGUUUGGAGAGAGACACCAGCAUUUCACAUGACUCUCCAUUUUAUGCUUUAUGUUUGGAAUAAACCUUACUAAGGAGUCA